GACUGGUGGGACAGGACAAAGCGGGAGAUUCCCCUCCCCGGGUCACCGGAGCGGAGCCGGACGUUACGGGGCUGAACGGUGCUGACCGGUGCUGAACGGUGCUGGCCCAGGGCGGGCCCAGCGGUGCAUCUGGAAAUCGCAUCGCUCCAUCCGCGGCCAGGGUUUUGAAGUAGGGAACGUCUCUCCAGAGAUACUGCCCACUGAAUUGCUCCAGCGUUUUGUGUCUAUCUUCUGUUUAAACCAGCAUCUGCAGUCCCCCCCCCCUGCACGGCUUCUCCUAGGGUCCAGGCCCCGUGUUCAGAUUUAACCUGAGCUCCGGACGGGGUGGCACAUUCAGCUGCCAUGGGACCUGGUAGGAAGUCAUAGAUUGACCCUCCUGUCUAACAAACCUGAGUGUCCGCGGCGAUGGAAGCGUCCCAGUGCCCUGACUAUGGGAAGGCCAUUCGCCAGCCCAGUGACCCGUCAACACACCACACCGGCGAGAGGCUGUUAACCUGCUCCGAGUGCGGGAAAGGAUUCAGCUGGUUAUCCUCCUUUCUGAGACACCAGCGGGUCCACACUGGCAACAGGCCCUUCACCUGCUCCCAAUGCGGGAAGGGCUUCGCCGAAUCCUCUCACCUACUGAGGCACCAGCCGGUUCACACGGGCGAGAGGCCGUUCCCCUGCUCCGAGUGCGGGAGGCGAUUCAACUGGUCGUCCUCGCUGCUGACCCACCGGCGGGUCCACACCGGAGAGAGGCCCUUCACCUGCCUGGAGUGCGGGAAGGGGUUCACCGAUUCGUCCGCCUUGAGAAGCCACCAGCGGCUUCACACCGGGGAGAGGCCAUUCGUCUGCUCGACGUGCGGGAAGAAAUUCAGCCUGUCGUCCAGCCUGCUGUCCCACCAGAGGGUCCACACCGAGGAGAGGCCGUUCACCUGCCCAGAGUGCGGGAAGGGAUUUACCCGACCAUCAGAUCUGGUGACUCACCAGCGCGUUCACACCGGGGAGAGGCCGUUCACCUGCUCCGAGUGCGGGAAGGGCUUCACUCAGUCGUCCAGCCUGGUGACCCACCAACGAGUUCACACCGGGGAGAGGCCGUUCAUCUGUUCAGAAUGUGGGAAGGGAUUCAUUCGCGCACCUGAUCUGGUCAAACACCAGCGAGUUCACACCGGGGAGAGACCGUUCACCUGCACUGAGUGCGGGAAGGGGUUCACUCAGUCAUUAUAUCUGCGGAGACACCAACGUCGAGUUCACACUGGGGAGAGGCCUUUCACCUGCUCUGACUGCCGGGAGGGAUUCGCCGACUCUUCGAGCUUUGCGGAAAACCAGCAAGUUCACACCGGGGAGAGACCAUUUACCUGCUCUGAGUGCGGGAAGGGAUUCACUUGGUCUUCCAGCCUGGUGACGCACCAGCGAGUUCACACCGGGGAGAGGCCGUACACCUGCUCGGAGUGCGGGAAGGGAUUCACUCAAUCGUCAAGCUUUUGCACUCACCAGCAGGUCCACACGGGGGAGAGGCCGUUCACUUGCCCCGUGUGUGGGAAGAGAUUUAACCAUCCAUCCAAUUUGCAGAGGCACCAACGCCUGCACACCGGGGAGAGGCCGUUCACCUGCUCCGAGUGCGGGAAGAGGUUCAGUCAAUCAUCCCAUCUGCAGGAGCACCGGCGGGUUCACACCGGGGAGAAGCCGUUCGCCUGCUCCGAGUGCGGGAAGGGAUUCACCCGCUCGUCUCAUUUGCAGCAGCACCUUCGGGUUCACACCGGGGAGAAACCGUUCAUCUGCUCCGAGUGUGGGAAGGGAUUCACUCAGUCGUACAGCCUGAUGAUUCACCAGCGAGUUCACACCGGGGAGAGGCCGUUUACCUGCUCCGAGUGCGGACAGGCGUUCAGCCGGUCAGACAGCCUGGUGAUACACCUGCAGGUUCAUUCCGGAGCGAGGCCUUUUACCUGCUCCCAGUGUGGGAAAGGGUUUAUUCAGUCGUCGGAUCUGAAGACGCACCAGCGAGUUCACACCGGGGAGAGGCCCUACAUCUGCUCCGAGUGUGGGAAAGGGUUCACCCAGUCAUCUAGCCUGAGGACACACCAACGGGUUCACACCGGGGAGAAGCCGUUCACCUGUUUUAGAUGUGGGAAGGGAUUUACUCAGUCAGCUGGUCUAUGGAGGCACCAGCGAGUCCACAAGUGACUGCAGGAGGAUUCUGCUGUUGUUGCUCCUGAUAAUGCUAUCCAUGGUUGCACUGCAUUCACUGUCCCAGCCUGAGUUAAUUCCUGUGAAGUUGUCAGGCCUUCUGGCUGGACUGGAGACUAAUGCGCUUUGACAGAUGCUGAGUAAAUGUCUUGAUCUUGAACACCCAUUGCAUUGUCUAUUUAAUAAUGAAAAGUCUAGAUAGAGUGAACGUGGAGAGGAUGUUAGACACAAAAUGCUGGAGUAUCUCAGCGGGUGAGGCAGCAUCUAUGGAGAAAAGGAAUGGGCAACGUUUCGGGUCGAGACCCUUCUUCAGACUUCAGAGAGGAUGUUUCCAGUAGUGAGAGAUUCUAGCACCAGAGGGAAAAUAGAUUGGCCACGAUCGAAUGGCGAACAAACUCAAUAGGCUGAAUGGUAUAUUCUAUUCCAAAUCUUCUCAUUUAAUAGCGGGAAUUGUACUCCUGACAGUUUAGUUAUUUAAAAGAUCAUUUGCUUGAA